AUGUCGGAAGAUGGGAACUGCUCGGAGUCAGUCUCCUGGGCGUCCGAGCGGACUCCAACGGCCGAGGUUGGAGUCACCACGGCGCUGGCCGCGGUCCUGAUCUUCACCAUCGUGGUGGACAUCCUGGGGAAUGUGCUGGUCAUCAUCUCGGUCUUCAGGAACAGGAAACUGAGGAACCCUGGUAACAUCUUUGUCAUCAGCCUUUCAGUUGCUGACUUGAUUGUGGCAGUUUAUCCCUACCCUCUGAUUUUAUUUGCCAUCUUCCAACAUGGAUGGACACUGGGUGAUAUUCACUGCCAGGUUAGUGGAUUCCUGAUGGGUUUAAGUGUAAUCGGAUCGGUUUUCAACAUUACAGCAAUCGCGAUCAACAGGUAUUGUUACAUCUGCCACAGCUUCAAAUACGAUAAGCUCUACAGCUACAAGAACACGAUCUGCUACCUAUGUCUGACUUGGGUCUUAACAGUUGUCGCGAUCGUACCAAACUUUUUUGUGGGAUCUUUGAAGUACGACCCUCGAGUGUUCUCGUGCACGUUUACACAAACAGUAAGCUCUUAUUAUACAAUCGCUGUGGUGGUUGUUCACUUCCUAGUCCCUAUCGGUGUGGUGACCUACUGCUAUCUGAGAAUCUGGGUCUUGGUCAUCCAGGUAAAACGACGAGUCAGACCCGAUGAACCAAAGUUGAAGUCCAGCGACUUCAGAAAUUUCCUCACCAUGUUUGUGGUCUUCGUGUUGUUCGCAGUUUGCUGGGGGCCUCUGAACUUCAUCGGCUUAGCCGUGGCCAUUAACCCUCCAGCAGUCGCGCACAAAAUCCCAGAAUGGCUGUUCAUCACGAGCUACUUCAUGGCAUACUUCAACAGCUGCCUUAAUGCUGUCAUCUAUGGACUUCUCAAUCAGAACUUUAGAAAUGAAUACAAGAGAAUACUGCUGUCACUGUGGUCUCCGAGGAUGUUCUUUAGUGAUCUGUCAAAAAUUGGAACAGAGGCAAUGAAGAGCAAGCCUUCUCCAGCACCAACCAAUAACAAUGUAGCAGAAGUAAAUGUGUAA